AUGCUCCGCAACCCCCUUCUCCCACUCCGUUCCACCCAGCGCCAAACACACAAACAUUCUCUAUCCAUCACAUCCCGCCGCCGCCAUUCCUACCUCAGCGCAGCCCGCACCUUCUCCCUGCAUAUCUGGCGCCGAAUCCCUCUUUCCCUCAGGGUGGUACUUGCUCUCAUCUGUGUUCUGGCAUUUGGAGCUGUACUCUGGAAGGGUGAGGACCUGCCUAGUGUGAAGGUCAAGCACCGCCUCGGUUUUGGAAGGAACCGCGCAAGCACAGAGGGAGAAGCAGGAGCACAACGGGAGGUCCUUAUCCCCGCCCGAUCACCCCCAGGGACGACACUGCGUGAACGUCCCCCGAAUCCCGGACUUCCUCCUCCGGCGGGCGAACGCCCACCCCGCCCAAAGCGGCCUGCACGACGUGACCCUCCCCCUCAUCCUCCAUCCAUACCUCCCCGUCCAGGUAGCUUCCCCUCCCACCAGUUCCUCCCCUCCGGUCUCAUGCGGGUGAACCCGAAUGGCCGGCAUCCGAUAUACGACCUUGUCGAGUUUGGAGAACGGCAGUGGCGGGAGAGGAUGGACCGGCAGAGUAGCACAUUGGCUGAGGCGGUGGGGGAGUAUAAGCGGAGGUGGGGACGGAGGCCGCCGAGGGGGUUCGAUAGCUGGUGGGCAUACGUCCAGAAGCACAAUGUGCAGCUGCCGGACGAAUACGACCAGAUCAUGCUCAGUCUCGAGCCUUUUCUUGCGCAUUCCCCUGCUGACUUAAGACGACUGCAAGCAAGCACUCGCGAGCUCCCGGGGACAUACACGAUCGUCGCUUCCCCUUCUACGGGCAGGCUGGAGCUAGCGACGUCCAAUUUCCCCGAGAGCGAGCAGGAUCUGGGUGUGCUGCGUGCUCGGGAACAGCUGGAACUGAUGCGCGGGUUUGGGGAGAGCUGGGUUGAUGACCAGGGGGAGAGGACGAGCGUGGAACGGGAGAUCGUUAGUGCUACUGGGAGGUGGGAGGCGACUUUCAGCAUUGGGGAGCCGAGGGUUGUCGGAGAUUGGGAGAUGGGUAGGGAGAGGAGGGAGAAGUCCCAGAGAAGGGAAUAUAUGAACCUCUUCCGGAAACCGGUGCACGAUCUUGGGUGGCCGGAGGCCUGUUCCCCCAACUCGGCACUGCGUCUCUCCUUCCCCGACCCUCCUGAGCUCCCAGCCCGGCCCCAAAGUCCAAAAACGUUCAUCUUCGACCACCAGGCCUCCAUGUCCCCUUGCUCCAACCCGUCGCUCAUACAUCUCUCUGGAACGUUCCUUUCCCCACCCGAAGGGGAGGGGAAGAACAGACUCCUAUUCUCUGUAUCCAAGACGGAGCUGCACGAGGACGUGCUGUACGUCCCUUCCCAGACAUGGGACGAGGAUUCCGAGCUAGAAUGGGAGGAGAAGACAGACGAACGACUCCUCUGGCGCGGCAGUACGACAUCUGGUAUUCUGGUCUCCCCCGAACUCGCGUGGAACGCCAGCCAACGGAUCCGUCUCGUCUCCCUCCUCAACACACACGACUCCUCUGCUUGGCCGGUCCUUCUCCCCCGCGGAGCAGGAGAACGUGUCGGCCAGCCGGAAGAACGCAGGCAAGCAUGGAUGAACAACCUCUUCUCCGAUGCUCACUUCACCCGCGAACCCGUGCAUUGCCGUCUAGGCGGAUGCGAGACGCUCGGGGAGUCGUUCGACUUCCGCCGUCCGCUGACAGCGGAAAAAGAACGCACUCACAAGUAUGUCCUGGAUAUAGACGGGAACGGGGCGAGCGACCAGUUUGGCCAACUGAUGAGAAGCAAGAGCCUGCUGCUCAAGGCUAGCGUGUUUGGGGAAUGGUGGACGGGGAGAAUUCAGCCCUGGGUGCACUACGUGCCUGUACAGCUGGAUCUAUCGGAUCUGUAUGAUAUCAUGACGUUCUUUCGGGGAGACGUGGGCCAGGGAGGGAGAGGGGAACAUGAUGUUCUGGCGAGGAAGAUCGCCUAUGCGGGCCGGGAGUGGAGCGAGAGGUUUUGGAGGAAGGAGGAUGUGGUUGCGUAUACUUGGAGGCUGCUCUUGGAGUAUGGACGGGUUGUCAGUGACGACAGGAAUGACAUGAACUUUGAGAUGAAGUGA